AUGGCUGAAAAUAUAUCAGAUGAGAGGCACGAACUUCAGGAAGAUGACGAAAAGUUUCAGUCAAUUCUACAUGAAUUUGGUACUGAAUUUUGUUUAUCCGACGAAGAAGAAGCAGAAGACGAUGACCAUCUGUUGAUAGAUCUUGAUUAUGAGAAUGAAACAUCAGAGCCAGAGAAUGACGGUAUUGACGGCGACGCAGUCAGAUCAUUUAGUAAAUCUGAUUCCAUCACUCGGAGCUUUCAGGGCAGCGGCUCACAAAGCCGGAGCAAUACAGCUGCAGAUGAAGAAAGCGGAGAGGUUGUCCCAAGACCCAGCCUGGAACUCCCAUCACAGGUGGAUGUUGCUGAAUACAGAGCUGAUCCUUUGAAGACCUUACACUUGAACAGAGUACUCCAGGGUAUUCUGGAGGACCACAUCAAUGCCAUCAAAACUGGUUUGCAGGAAAACAAAGAAAAGCAGAGCAAGCUAGAAAUAGACACUACUACAGAUACUACUACAAAAGCAGAGAAGAAAGGCAUAUAUGCUGGAGUAUUUAGAGCACCUUUCUUCAGACAUGUACAUUCUUAUCCACCACCUAAUGAAGACAUGAUACUGAAAAAAGCCUCUGGUGACUAUGACAUUGUGACUCCCGACUCGGUGAGAGAUCUUCGCCGCUUCAAUAAAUCAGCAAAACUGUUGCUCAAAGACGCAGUAUAUGAGGAUUGUUUGAAACAGGCUUUGAAACCACUUGUCGCAAGAAUGGAGAUUGAGAUUCAGAAACGUGAUAAGUUGGUAGAUGAAUAUGAAAUCAUGUCCUCUAAACUGGAGACUGAAAAAAGCCACCUGAAUCAGUUUCUGAAAAGUGAUGACAGAAAGGACUGCGAGGAAAUGGUCGACGAAGUUCAAAAUACAAUACAAGAACUGAAGAACAAACUAGCAGAGAAAAG